AUGCUGGAGAAACUUCAGAGGCAAGUGGACGGCAGUGAAUGGUCGUGGGCAAACCUAAAUUCCCUGUGCUGGGCCAUUGGCAGCAUCUCGGGUGCAAUGCAGGAGGACGCUGAACGCUCCUUUCUCGUUGUUGUGAUUCGCGACCUGUUGGGGCUGUGUGAACACAAGCGUGGCAAAGACAACAAGGCGAUAGUGGCAAGUAACAUAAUGUACGUGGUCGGCCAGUAUCCCCGAUUUCUGCGAGCCCACUGGCGUUUCCUGAAGACAGUAAUCACCAAACUCUUUGAAUUCAUGCACGAGACGCACGAGGGUGUGCAAGACAUGGCCUGCGACACCUUCAUCAAGGUGGCACAGAAAUGCAGACGUCAACUCCUGGUUGUACAAGUGAGUGACCUUUGAUUUCAUGGUUGUGCACGUGUGCGCUCGAUAUGUAAAUGACUCGAGUCGAUCAAACCGGCUCAAAUUGCAACGAAUCAGAGGGAGAACAGACCACCUUUUAUUCGAGUCUAGAUGUUUCAUUUACCCGGCGCAUUACCCACAUCCCGUGGGCAGGGUAGCUACACUGAAAACAGUUAACACUUCAAAAAGGCCUUAGACAAAUCAUGGGAUGACUGUGUUGUCUGCCUGCCAGCGUGAAACCUUAACUCUUUAGAGCCACUUUGUCUCUUUAUAGCGUCUUGUUGAAAUUCUCCUUGUUUUUUCUUAGUAUGGGGCCACUUGCGGUUUCGUGGACGAGAUCAUUCGUGAGAUCGACUCCAUCAUCUCCGAUCUUCAGCCGCAGCAGGUUCAUACGUUUUACGAGGCGGUGUCCACAAUCCUCAGCGCCGACCUAGACACCACCGAACAGAACGAGCGGAUUGAGGGUCUUUUUAGGUUACCAAACGAGAUUUGGGAUGACAUUCUCUGUCGUGUAGCAGCUGAUGCCAACGUCCUCAAGGACACAGAGACUGUAAAACAAUUGUGCAAUAUUCUGAAGACCAACCUAAGCUCUUGCAAAGCUUUGGGGCACCCGUAUCUUAUUCAGGUUCGUAACUACACCAAACUAUCUACUUUUUAUUACCUAGUAGACGCUUAUUUAUCUGUCUAAUAGUAUGGUCUUUACCUCCUUAGCUCUGUCGGAUAUACCUGGAUAUGUUGAACGUUUACAAACUUCUAUCGGACAACAUAAAUACUGCUGUUCUUAGUCACGGAGACCAGGUGACAAAACAGCCGCUCAUCCGCAGUAUGCGAUCCGUGAAGAAGACUGUUUUGAAUCUGCUGUCUUGUUGGAUCCAACGCAGUCAGAGUCCCGAACUUGUAAGUUUUUCUUCAUUUUUUUUAAAAAGCGUCGUGGGAACCUUGAAAAUGAGUUCCUGGGACUGGGGUCUCAAGCACACAAGUUUCAUCUGGUCUGCCUUACAUCGGUGAAACUCUUGGGUUUUGGUAUCAAGGCAUUCAACCUCACAAUGACUCCUGAUUUCAUAUAUCAAAAUCAUUUUGACGUCCGUUUUGGCGUUGCCCUUGAAAUAUAUUUAAAGCGUGGUCGCAAAAUAGACACCAUGGUGGUCAAAGCUAUCAUAAGGAGGGAUGUCAUGGGCAAAGUUAGACUUGUCGUAGAGUGUAGGCGCUGCGUGUGACAUGCAGGCGACAGGGC